AUGGCCUCCUUCUUUAGAGAUGUGCUCAUUGGCGUUCCCUUGGGGAGUUCCAACAGCUCAGAAUGGAUUAAAUUUGUUGACAAUCCUGAGGUCAUCAAGGUGAAGGAAGACGCACGGAUGGUUCCACAACUUGUUGAUGAGGAGCUGAAGUCGAGAUGGAUCGCUUAUGUACGGGAGAAUUUCAAGGUGAUAAGGAUGAGCUCGGCACAGGCUGCGAGGCUCGGACAGUUGAAGAAUGAUGAGAUUCAGGAGGCUUCCAGAGCCACAGGGGAUUCCCCAGCCAUAGCCGCUAAGCUCCGCCGGGAAGCAGCUCUUCUCCCACUCGCGAGUAUAGAAGCUCAGAGCUCCUCCGUCUUGCUCAAGUCCGGUACGGAAGUCUCAAUCCGCCUACAAGCCGGGGUGAUCGUUUUUAAAUCUUUUUCUUUCUUUGUCAACGUGGCUACCGAUGCAUCUUCUGGGUAUUUGGAGCUCUGCCGAGCUCCCUAUAAUACAGAGCCUCUUCUUGAGAGUAUUUCGGAACCCUCUGAUGGGGCGGUUCGCCGAUAUGAAGCGUCCGAUGCUGACAGGGCUCGAGUGCGCGAGGCACGACCGCAUCAGCUCCCUCGCCUUGACACCCCAACCAUCAUUGGCGUGGGGGAUGUGCCUGAUCUGAAUCGUGACGAGUUAGUCCUCAGCCGGUUGGAUGAGACUGUCGAUUACCAGGAGAAUUCAACCAAUCGUGGUUGGAGGCUCAUCUAUCGUGGUAAUGUCGAUCCUCAGGAGCCUCUUCUCUGGCACGGUGCUGAAUUCACGCUAAAAGGGUCACGAAGACGAGUUGAAGGGCAGAAGAAGAUCUUCGUCCGCCUGGCAAGUCUACAAGGGAACCUCAGCAUUGGCUUGACUGAGUGUGAUGAUCCAUCCUGCGUGUGUCGACGGAAGUAUCCUGGAGCUAAACAAGGCAAAAAAAGUUGUCGAAAAUCCGUUGGAUUCAACAGUGACGGUGUGAAGUGGAAUCGCGGGAAGCCAGUCCAGAUGAAGGCGUAUCAGAUCUGCCAAGGAGAUCUGCUAGCCUUGAUACUCGUCUCUGCCGGCUCUGACAAGUUCGCCAGAGUUGAAAUCGGAGUCAGUCAAAAUCAAUCCUCGAUGACGAUUCUGCCGGUGAAGCUAGAGUCUGACAGUCCGGGUGGAGGCCGGCUUGUGAUCAGAGCUAGUGGGAGCGCGACUAUCGAUCUGUUGCUUGGAGAUGGCCCGAGUCGCACACUGGGACAGGGUGUUCCGUUGUGGCAGGCGCUCCCGGCAGUGAAGGAAGAGCCCGAGUCCGAAGCCGACUGUGACAUGCCUGAUGCAUGA